CCUUCCCCAGUGUGGUGAGGUUUUGGUCUAGACAGAGUGGCAGCCCAAUUCCCAAUUCCCUUCCGUAAACCAAACAAGCAGAACAGACCAUAUUUGAACAUUUGAACCUAUGUGGGGGCUGCCUGAAGGACUGAUCUAUCCCCCCUUAUUUGGAGUUCAUGCAGCAAGAAGAGGUAGCUGCUACUCAUGAAAGCUGCAAGGGGACUACCAACUCAUGAGCAAAAGAUUUUGAGUAGGACAUAUAAUAGACCAUAAAAAGCCCAAAGGAGACGCUGAGCGAGAUUCUUUGAAAGACUUGGACAUUCAGAAGCAGCCACAUAUUUAAGGGAAUUGAAAAGGCCAUGAUCAGUCCUGGCCAAGACAGACUUCUGAAAAGAAAUGAAAAGACCUUAAAUUUUUAUAUUUUGCUUAUCCCUAGGCUCUGAGCCCCUCUAGCUUAGAAAAUUAGAAAAGGACUGCCCCAGAAUAGAGCCAGUCUGCAAAGACUGAGACAGGUGACUGUUUUCACAAGUGCCCAAUCUUUAAAAAAAAAAAAAUUACAGGCCGGAGGCCACAGCGGGGACCCAGAACCAGGUUUCGCAACCAGUAUGACAAUGACGUCACUGUUUGGAGCCCUCAGGGCAGGAUUCAUCAAAUUGAAUAUGCAAUGGAAGCUGUCAAACAAGGUUCAGCCACAGUUGGUCUGAAAUCAAAAACCCAUGCAGUGUUGGUUGCAUUGAAGAGAGCACAGUCAGAGCUUGCAGCUCAUCAGAAGAAAAGUCUUCAUGUUGAUAACCAUAUUGGUAUCUCAAUUGUGGGACUUACUGCUGAUGCUAGACUGUUAUGUAAUUUUAUGCGCCAGGAUUGUUUGGAUUCCAGAUUUGUAUUUGACAGACCUCUUCCUGUGUCUCGUCUUGUAUCUCUAAUUGGAAGCAAGACCCAGAUACCAACACAAAGGUAUGGCCAGAGACCCUAUGGUGUUGGACUGCUUAUUGCUGGUAAUGAUGAUAUGGGCCCUCACAUUUUCCAAACCGGUCCAUCUGCCAACUAUUUUGACUGUAGAGCCAUGUCCAUUGGAGCCCGUUCUCAAUCAGCUCGUACUUACUUGGAGAGACAUAUGUCUGGGUUUAUGGAGUGCAGUUUGAAUGAACUGGUUAAACAUGGUCUGCCUGCCUUACGAGAGACACUUCCUGCAGAACAGGACCUAACUACAAAGAAUGUUUCCAUUGGAAUUGUUGGUAAAGACUUGGAGUUUACGAUUUAUGAUGAUGAUGAUGUAUCUCCAUUCCUGGAAGGUCUUGAAGAAAGACCACAGAGAAAGGCACAGCCUACUCAACCUGCUGAUGAACCUGCAGAAAAGGCUGAUUAACCAAUGGAGCAAUAAGUCACAAACCAGUCUAUAUGUGUAUUAUCAAAUAUGUAAGAAUGCAGGAGCCCUUACUGAUGACAGUAAUCUAUACUUUGAACCAAAAGAUGCAGCGUGGUCUUCUGGUAUGUUUUAGGAAUCGGUCCAGAUGUGUUUUUCCCAAGUAACUUGUCUGAACCAUAUAAUGGUGUGCAUUUUUCUUUGAAAGGGUCUAUAUAAUCAUUUUCUAGAAAGUAUAGUUAUCUGUACUAAUGUUUUUACAUGAAGAACAUAGUGUCUUUGUGGUUUUAAAGAAAACUGUGAAAUAAAAUUGUUUCACCUGCCUGUGGAAAAAAAAUUACAAGGAUUAAAAAGAAAAAGAGAGUAUAGUUCACGUAAAGGGGAAAAAUAAACUGGUCAAAACUGUCCCUAGAUGAACACGAGCAUUAGACUU